GCUCCAUCACCAUCAGCGCACCCCACACACACCCCUCCUCCUUUAUAAGCAAGCACCAAGGCCCCUUCCAUGAAACAAAAAUCUCACACACACAAAAGGAAGAAGAGAGAUUUAGAGAAGCAUUUUAAUUAGAGGUGCUGGAAAAGAUUGAAAAUCCUGCAGCCCCUUGCAUCCGAUCCACAGUAGUCUAUUCUGGCUGGCUCUCCAUGGCCGGGCUGAGUGUUCUCCUGGAGACCACCCACCACAAGAACCACCCCGGGAAGCCUCAGAUCAUCAGCAAGGCCACCCUCCUCCUCCACAGCCCCAGGCAGCAGCAGGUCUCGCCGCCGCCGGCCGUGAGCUCCUCCUUCUUGCAGCGCUGCUCGCUGUGCCACAAGGAGCUCGCCGAGGGAAGGGACAUCUACAUGUACAGGUCGGUUAGGGUCAACACAGGUGACAGGGCGUUCUGCAGCGUGGAGUGCCGGUGCCGGCAGAUCUUCAUCGACGAGGACGCCGGGAACGGCGGCGGCGCCCUUGCGCGGCAGCAGGCGAUCCGGCGGCGGCGGCUUUGCGUACUGAUUAACCAGCAAACAGACAGCCGCUGAUGAAUCAGUCGACGAACCAACUUAGCCGGAGCCCCUUGUUUCAGGGGAGAUCCGAGAGAGAUUAGUUAGGGAGAGAGGGAUUAAGAAUGGAGGUCUCCCUGACAGGGUGCCAGCUCAUCCGCGUGGGGCCCAGGUGCGUGCAGACACCGGUACGUGGCAUCUGGCUGGAUAAGAUGGGCCGACUUGGACCCACGUGAAGUUUGAAGUUUGUGGCACGCACGCCUCUCCUCUGGAACAGCGGAAAAUCAACUACGGUCAAGGAGUUGGUUAACGGCUUGGAUGUUGUAUCGGCUGCUGCUAUCUUUCAAAGAAUGUUGAUUGAUGGAGUUUCUUUCUUUUUUUCUGUUGUAUUCUGUUGGUUAUCAUGGAGUUUCUUUGUCUUUGAUGAAGUAAUACAUUACCAGUAUUUGGAGGCGGAAA